CAAUCCUCCGCUUCCAUUUUCUCGGGCUCGGGCAGUGAGACUGCGUUGCUCCAUUCUCCCCGUCAUGAUCACAAGACCUCCUGCGAGGCCGCAGUCGUUACUGCGAGCCUUUGUCAAGCAAGCGAAUGCCGCACCUUCCUCUUUCCUCAAACGACAGGUCCGCAGAAAACACACCAUCCCCGUAUGGGCCAACCAAAGCAAGCAGGAGUUCUUCGCACGCCACGGCGUCCCGGGCUUCCUAAGUGCAGAAACCUACCAAGAAACCUACGUCAAAUACACCCAACACCUAUGCGACCGCCUCAACGAGCUCGUAUUGGGGACGGCAGACGAGUCUUCCUCGACCUAUGAUCUGCACGCAAAAUGCGCCCAUCGAUCGGAUCGGGCACACCUGUACAACCUCGCCGCCAUGGUCGAGUUCACGCGGUUCUUUUGGGAGUACCUUACGGAAACCGACGACCCGGCGAUACGCAAACCAGGGCUCAACACCAUGAGAAGCAUUGAGGCCAGCUUCGGCAGCGUGACGAAUCUUAGAGAAGAGAUGCUCGAGACCGCGGACGCCAUGUUCGGGAACGGAUUCGUGUGGCUGAUGAAAGGGAAGAACGUGGGCGACAUGCGCAUUCUGGCCACGUACAAUGCCGGCUCUCCGUAUCCCGAUGCGGCCCCCAGACGAGAUGACAAGGAUAUGGCGACCUUUGACGCCCGCACCCUCUCCGAUCAACUUUCCGGUCGAGGCGGAUUGGGGCUGCCGAGCCUGGAAGAACGAAAUAUCUCCACCGGAAAUUCAACGGCGGGCUCGUUUGGCGAUUUCAGCUCCUCACGUGCGAAUCUCUACUCGGGUGCUCUGGACAUGCAACCCAUCUUGUGUGUCAAUGUGUGGGAACAUCAAUGGCUGAGGGACUAUGGACUGCUGGGGAAGAAAUGGUAUUUGGGGGCAUGGUGGGAUCGCAUUGAUUGGCAAAAGGUGGAGAGUCAGCACGCCCUGUACGAGACGGGCGGAGAAUGGAGUGACUAUUGGUCGAGUGGCAGCAAAUCGCCGUAUGCGACCUCAGGGGGAUCGAGUGUACUGGAUGCUUUGAGAAGAUAGAUGAGGGUAUGGCCGUGUCUGGCGGGGUGUAUCAUUAUACGGAGCGUCAAAACACCAGGUCAUUGUAAGACCAUCAAUAUAAGUCGCCUGUUCGACUAUGUAUCUGGCACAUAGCUGGUCUUCCCUUCCUGGACCUUCCACACGUG